CGGGUUGUCGUAAGGGACAGUGGAAUGAAAUGUUGUAAUGGCGAGUGCGUCUGUUCCGCAUAUUUGAUGUUGUGAUAAAGUUGGGCGUACGCGUCCACCUUAUCAGUCGUGAUAGAGUUUUUUUUUUAAAUUUUGAGCAUAUAUCCGUUCAGUUUUGAUAUAUAUACUACAUUUUUACGAGAAACAAUUGAUAGUAAUAAGAACACAGUGUCCAGUAUACGACAUUGGUGAUUCAUUAUGGGAAUAUGGGAGUGCAAGACAGAUAAGAGAAGAUAAUCGUAUUACGGAACGGUAGUUCACGACUUUGUACAUUCCACCUCAAUUUGCUUCUUCGUUUACCGAUACACGAACGAAGAUUUAGAGCGUGCUAUUGUGUCGGAAGUAAUCAAUACCCGCUCGGUAAACAUAUAACAAGAGAAUAUGAAAUCAGAGCGAGCAUGAAGGUAACUGUGUGUUUCGACAACGUUCGAGUGGUGGUUCCUUGCGGGGAUGGAACCCUACUGGUUAAAGAUUUAAUGCACGAGGCUAUCCUGAGGUAUAAAAAGGCAACUGGAAAAAAUGAUAAUUCAUUAACUAUAAACAGCUUAUCCUCCUUAACUGGUGGUGGUCUCCUAGAUCCAGACGAUAGGUUAUGUGAUGUAGCUGAUGAUAGAGAGCAGAUUGUUGCUCACUUUGUGAACAAUGAUGCUGCACAUGGUGGUGGUGAUGGGGCAAGUUCUGUUGGAACAAACAGCCCUGACUUUUUCCACCCAGACUCUAAAGAACCAUCUUACGGAAUUGAUACACAUUCCUCUAUACCUAUUAGCAGUAUCAAAAGAGAAAGUACCAAAAGAUUGUCAAUGCAUGCACUGUCAACUAGAGAACCAUGUUUGACAGCGUAUUCUGCUCAGUCCCUUCCCAGGGAAUCUAGACGUAGGGAGCCAUUGGGACAAGAUGCCAAAGUGUCAUUUGAGUAUGGGAAUGCUAAUUUUGAAUCAGGAGAUCAAGGAGAAAUUAGAGACAUUGUAAUAAAAAGUGAAGCAGGGCCACUGGGGCUACACGUGGUGCCAUGUUACGAUCUAUUAGGCAAUGAUCAAGGACUCAGAGUCGAAGGUAUCGAGCCUAAUGGUAGAAUUGCUAGAGAUGGACAGAUUGACUUGCACGAUAAGAUCAUUAAAAUAAAUGGUCAUAAUCUGCUGCACAUACCAUUCUCCAAAGUGCAGGAGAUCUUUCGUACCUGCAUGACAGAACCAUGUUUACAAAUUUCUGUCGUGAAACAUAAAAGACCGCACGAGAAAUCAUUACACAAAAAUCAUGGGAAUACCAGUGGAGGAUCAGAAAAGGAAAUUGAUGAUAAUAUCAAAAAGCUUCAAUGCAGCAAUUAUAAUUUGCUGCAAACUGCUAACACACGCAAAAUUGGACGCAUGAUAGAAAUAGAAUUAACAAAAGGCAGUAAUGGUCUUGGAUUUAGUGUCACAACACGUGACAAUCCAGCUGGAGGUCAUUGUCCUAUAUAUAUUAAGAAUAUAUUACCAAAAGGUGCUGCGGUUGAGGACGGCAGAUUGAGGCCUGGCGACAGGCUGUUGGAAGUUAAUAACAAAGAAAUGACAGGUAAAAGUCAAGCGGAAGUGGUCUCACUGUUAAGAAGUAUCCCAUCUGGUGGGAAGGUAAGGAUUGUAGUAUCACGCCAGGAAGAAAUUUCUUCCAAUAUUCCAGAAUCAGAUUCUCAAGUCACUUCCACGAGUCAACCAACAGAGGCUACAGACAAUGCAAAAUAUUGGAACGCAUCGAACACAUCACCAUUAAAAAAGAAUAUUGAAAUUCAAGAUAAAAUUAAUACCCAUAGCUAUGAUAAAUGUGCAUUCAAACCAGUAAAAUCAUCAACAGAAGAUAUCGUUUUAUCGCCACGAAAAAAUCGCAUGAUACUAACGUUAGAUAUACCAGUUCAUGAUUCAGAGAAAGCUGGAUUAGGCGUCAGUGUUAAGGGAAAGACAACAAAUACAGAUGAAAAUACUAACAUGGACUUGGGGAUUUUUAUUAAAAGUGUAAUUCACGGAGGAGCAGCUUCUAGGGAUGGAAGAUUGAGGACCAAUGAUCAAUUGCUCAACGUUAACGGAGUAUCAUUGUUAGGACUGUCGAACUCGGACGCGAUGGAAACACUUAGAAGAGCAAUGCUCAAUACCAACAGCUCUGUAACAGGAGUUAUCACUCUUACAAUUGCUAGGAGGAUAUCUUCGUACGAUGGAAAUGAGAAAAAUUUGCCUGAAAAUGUGCCUUCACUUCGUAAACUAGAAUCAGUUAACAGUAUAUACAUAUCAGACUCUACAAAAGGUAGCGAAGGUAGGAUAAAGGAAAAGAACAACAUAAACUCUCAAACCGAUAUCUUGGAUAAUGGUGGGUUAUUAUCUUGCGUGACGGCAUCUCCAUGGAAUCCAGUUAUCGAUAGAUUAACCGAACAGUAUAAUAAGAAUAGCUUAAGGAACGAAAGUUACUGCAUCGCUACCAAUAAGACGUGGAUAGAGCCCUCGAGUAACGUGAAGAAAAUUUCUAUAGGGCAGCGUGAAGAUCGUGCUGAACCAGUAUUGUUAGAAGACUCCAAUGAGUCACAACACAAUGAAGCUAAACGUAACACGGACGAUAAAGACAGUCAGUAUUCUGGAGAUCCAACGUAUGAUAGUCAGUUAUCCUUGGAAGAAUUCAAUUCUUCCUGCAACAAAUUUUCUCGAGAUGCUUUAGGUAGACAGAGCAUGUCGGAGAAACGACACGCUGCGUUAGAUGCCAAGAAUACGGAUACCUACAAGAGAAAUAAAAAAUUACGAGAGGGACGUGAGAACAAGAAUCAAGAACAGCCGAAUAAAAAAUCUGUAAAUCAAUCGACCGAUUCGGAGGAGCAAACCAGACAUAAAUUUUCAGAAAAUUACGAAAAGACUAAGAGCAAAAGUACUACCGAGGGUAGCGUCGUGAGCGAUGGUAGUAUGAAGCGUAAUUUAGGAUAUGAGAAAUCUGUAGACCCUACCCAGUCGGAAUAUGUGUACACAAUACCCGGUUGCAAUAAUAAGUAUACAUCACCGAGGAAGCACUGGCUCGUGGACGACGUGCACGGCGAAAUAACGAGCAGCAAUAAUUUUAAGGAUGACCGUGAGGGUUUCCCAAAUAGUCGGGGGGAUGUCAAACAAGCAUCUCUUAAUUCAGCUUUAGAUGAUCGAUACAAACGUUCGCGAAAGAAAGGUGGCAUACGUUCAAUGCUUCGAUUAGGAAAAAAUAGAAAAUCGCUCAAUUUUGGUGAUAGUAUAGAAGCUCGUCAUGAAUCCACAUUUCAAUUGACGCCGAAUCAAUUAUUAUACCAACAGAAGCGUUAUAGGGGCAAGAUAAAUAUUAGGAAACCGAAAAUAUUUUUUAAAAAGAGAGUAUUGAAUGAACUUUUAACACCAUUCUUCGUCAAUCCUAACGAGGGCAAAACAUUGGAAGAACUAUGUCUUAAUGCAAAUGUCAGUAAGACGGAAAAAGAACUCGGACCUUAUGAUAAAAUCAUUGCGAGAGAGGCUCGUAAUUGGUUUGACACUUCAAAAAUGGUAGCUUGUUUGCACGUGAAUAGCAUGAGCGGAUUAGAUAAGUUUGAUGUGCAAGUUCCAUUGUACAGAGCAAACAUGUAUUAUAAAUACUAUAAUCCUUACCUAGUACGUUACAUCAUUAAGGAUUCACCAUACGAAGGUCUUGCCCCGCUAGUCAGUGAUAUGACUGCGUUUGUAUUCAGCCCUGAGAUAAAUGUAACUGCCUUGCAAAAGAUAAUUAAAAAAUGCAGGAAAAUGUACACGUUAGGGGGAAUGUUGGAAGGAAAGGUGCUGAAAUUUGAUGAUUUUCUGAGAUACGGAACAAUGGACAUCACAACAGCUCAAUCCGGUUUAGUUCAAGUCUUACAAAGUGCAGGCGGCGUUAACUUGAGUCAACAACUGACGCACCACCAAUCAACACUGGUGACACGAUUGAAACAGAUCGGUACAAAUGAGAUAAAUCCUAAAGACAAGCAAUAAGCAAUCGGUGCCUGUAUAAUUGCAAAACAAUCUGUACCUAUAAUUUAUUAAAAGUUCAUAAUGCACAUGAUGCUUUAAGUGAA